AUAUAACGCAUCAGCCAGACCCAGCGUGUUGGAUUUAAAUGGUCCAGUUUUGACACAUUUGCUUUGCGCGGCGCUAAGCACUGGGAUUUCACCUCGUCCUUGAGAGACCAGCGCAAAUCAACCCAAAUAAAACAUCCCGACCCCCUUUCACCUCUCCCGGCGCGGAGGGACGUUUUCCUUCGAGACACGUGGACGAAACCUGGCACAGCUUUAGAUGGAUAAAUCCACAUGACUCUUCGGAUUCAUCUUAUAACAGCCUCAGUGAAUAUACCACACCACCACGAGAGGAACACAUCAGCCCAGAUGCAUCACCAGCUUAAUUUUAUUAGGCAGAAUAUGGGCAUAAGAGAGGCUGGUUUGGAGGUUUAAAAAGCUCAACGAUCCUCCUCUGGAACAGCUCAGAACACUUCUCGCCCACCCCAUCUAGACUGUUGUCCGUUUGAACCGUGUGUUGAUCACAGGACAGGAAACGGGUUCAGCUGAUCGCCGAUGGGUUUGCGGUCUGAAGACGAGCGGCACUCAUCUUUAUCACACCCUUUGUAGAUUGAAGCAGACGCAAGGACAGAAGCCUUUCAGUACAACAAACGGACUGACCAUUUCAAGAGACACAAACACACGUUCACGCUGUCUGCUGGAGGAAUGAAGACAGCUGAAGCUGGAGACAGGAUGUCUUCCAAGCGACCAGCCUCUCCAUAUGGGGGAACAGAUGGAGAGGUAGUCAUGGCGACGAGCAGACAGCGAUUGGACGAUGAAGAAGUUGACGGACAUGCUGUCAUUCACUUGCCCCUGAGUUCGUACUGCAGCAAAGUGUCCCCGCGAUCCCCCCGAUUGCUCGACAGCCCCCCAACACUAAACACUAAUAUGGAUCAGGACGGCAGUAAAGGCCUGGCCUUGAGCCCAUACACCCAGCACAACUCAUCUACCUCACCCAGUAAGCAUCAGCAGGAGGAAGGGUCCAUGCGGCCGGGGAGCGAACCCAGCUCUGCUUCAACUCUGGGAACCCCGGAGAGACGCAAAGGCAGCCUGGCCGACGUGGUGGACACGCUCAAACAGCGCAAGAUGGAAGAACUGAUCAAAAACGAGCCAGAGGAGGCCCCCAGCAUUGAAAGGCUGUUGUCUAAAGACUGGAAGGAUAAGCUAUUGGCCAUGGGUUCUGGCAACUUUGGAGAGAUCAAAGGCACCCCGGACAGCCUGGCGGAGAAGGAACGGCAGCUGAUGGGAAUGAUCACGCAGCUCAGCAGCCUCCGAGAGCAGCUUUUGGCCGCCAAUGAGGAGCAGAAGAAACUGGCCGCUUCGCAGAUCGAAAAGCAGCGCCAGCAAAUGGAGCUGGCAAAACAGCAACAGGACCAGAUUGCGCGACAACAGCAGCAACUUCUGCAGCAACAACACAAAAUCAACCUCCUGCAGCAACAGAUCCAGCAGGUCCAGGGUCAGUUGCCUCCGCUGAUGAUACCAGUGUUUCCUCCCGAUCAGAGAACUCUGGCGGCCGCUGCGGCCCAACAAGGAUUUCUACUUCCUCCCGGGUUCAACUACAAACCAGGCUGCAGUGACCCCUACCCCCUACAGCUGAUCCCUACGACUAUGGCAGCUGCCGCGUCGCCUGGACUCGGCGCCCUUCAGCUGCAGCAGUUGUAUGCGGCUCAGUUGGCUGCCAUGCAGGUGUCUCCGGGGGCCAAACACAGCACAAUGCCUCAGGCCAACCUGGCAACCGGCACACACUCGCCCACCAGCGGCCAGAGCGAGAAAAACAGAAACACCCCACCACCAAAGCCCAAGGACGAGGGUGCUCAGCCCUUGAAUCUGUCGUCCAAGCCUAAGGCAUCCGAGAGAAAGUCACCCUGCUCCCCCGCUUCCCCACAGGUCCCCUCCGUGAAGCUGGGCUCCGGAUCCCUGAAGAACAGUGCCCCCUCCAGUAUCGGAGGACCUCCGUCCAGACUGAGCUCCAUAGACCUGCUGUCAUCCAUCACCUCCGCUGGGUACCUGAAUGACCAUGAGGCUGUGACCAAAGCCUUCCAGGAGGCUCGACAGAUGAAGGAGCAGUUGAAGAGAGAGCAGCAGGUCCUGGACGCCAAGGUGGCGGCAGUCAACAGCCUGAGCCUCAACAACGGACGUUCAGAAAAGGAAAAAGCCGCUCUUGAGAGCCUCAGCCAGCAGUUAAAACAGUCCGAAGAGAGUAAGUUCACUCACGCUAUGAUGGACUUUGGCGAUUCGGAUGGAAGCCCCAGUGUGUCAGACUCACGGAUCUACAGAGAGGCUCGGGGGCGUGGCAACGCCGAACCGCAUAUCAAGCGUCCCAUGAACGCCUUCAUGGUUUGGGCUAAAGACGAGAGGAGAAAGAUCCUCCAGGCUUUCCCGGAUAUGCAUAACUCUAACAUCAGCAAGAUCCUCGGAUCUCGUUGGAAGUCUAUGACCAACCUGGAAAAGCAGCCAUACUACGAAGAACAGGCUCGUCUCAGUAAACAGCACCUCGAGAAAUACCCGGACUACAAAUACAAGCCGCGGCCCAAACGCACCUGCCUGGUGGACGGGAAGAAACUGCGCAUCGGUGAAUAUAAAGCUAUUAUGCGCAACCGCAGACAGGAAAUGCGCCAGUACUUCACCGUAGGGCAGCAGGCCCAGUUGCCCUUGUCCUCAGCGGGCGUCGUGUACCCUGGCGCACUAUCCAUGGCAGGAAUGCCCUCCCCGCAGAUGCCCUCCGAGCACUCAAGCAUGUCCAGUAGCCCCGAACCAGCUCCGCCCACCAGCCAGCCGUCUUACCUCAGCACCCACAAAGGGGUGGUGCCCCGCGUGAAGGAGGAGGAUCUCCGAAUGGAGGACGGAAAUGGCGACGCCUACGACGACUUCGACUACGAAGACGACGACUACGGCAGCGACAGCGAAAAUCACAUCGCUCACUAAUCCCGCCAAUCACAGCCAUCUCACCAGUCACCUGGCAUCUCACGCGAGCAACCUUCAUUCCGUCCCCAUCCACCGUCCAAUCAGGACUCCUCCAGAGCCAAGCCCCUCCCGCAGGAGUCUGAAUCAAUGCAGCAAAGCACAGGACCUGUCAAUCAAUGUGACUGUUACAUGGAAAGGAGGGUCUUGUAGAGGAAAUCUAACACUUGCCCGGACUCCCGCUGAGGGAAAGUACCGCGGCAAGUUAACGAGUACGCUACGAGGAAAAACCAAGACCAAUUUUUGAAACGUUUAUUAUAAAAACAAGGACCUGUCAUAGACACUUUAAAAUGGUGGACCUGUUUGUUUCUAAAGAGACACUUUUAAACCGCUUUUUUUCUUGGUUCUAUAAUAUUCUCACUCAGGUACACAGUGCCAACAAGUGGCUUGUGAAUGUGAUUUUGUUGUUUUCGUGCUACAGUUUUAAUAGAGAAAAAAGACGUUUAUUUUCUUCUUCACCGUAAAAAAGCACCUGACAGGAGCAACGACAAACAUUUUCUAGUUUUGCUCUCUGCUGAUCUCUUUUUGUCACACUCAUGCCCAUGUCCUCAAAAACGUCUCGUUUUGUUUCCGUUUUUUGGAUGAAAGGAUGGUAGGGAGGAUUCACGUCCCUUCACUCAGGAGUCUGGAUAACGCUGGAUGACAGACAAUCCCUCCUUCCUCGCAUCUUUUCUUCUCGACAUUUCUGUUCCUCUUCCUCGCCUUCUGGGGAAACUUUGGACGUCGAACGUCUCUCUCAGGUGUGGAGACAAACUUUAUGAGAUAGCACAAACUUUGUGUUGGGCGAUGGGGGAGAGUUGAAGCCUUGAGUGGAAUUGUGUGUGUGCACAUUAGUUUGUGUUCGGAUUUCUCACGUGUGUGAAUGAAUGCGAGUUUUACUAGAUUUUAAGUUAAGUUUUAUUCCAUUUAGACGGUUGAUGUGCUGGUCAUGUGAACGCAAAUGAAACGUUAAUAUUCAAUACAUACGAGUCAUGCUAGCAGGCUUAUCAGUGGGAAAGAAUCCAACUCAAAACGACACUUCAUUAGUGAGCAUUAACACGAAAUCUCUCUCUUUUUGUUUGGUUGUGUUUUUUACAUUCUCACGCUUUCUUUUGUUACAGUCUUUUUACUUUCUUUCCUUCCCCAACAACCUAUUCUUGUCAUUACAAAAAGUAAAAUAAGAAACUUGAAUAACAGGUCACAGGAGGAGAAUAUAUAUAUCAUCCUCAGCAGGAGUUUGUGUUCACCUUCUCUUUGCUCCUUAUUCCUUCACUUUUUCAUCUGUCGCUCGGUUUAUCUCUGCCGAAGUCUUGCCAUCAGUCAUCUGGGCUCUGCGUGUCUCUGACUGACCCACUCCAUCUUACGGCACCUGUUGGCACGGCAACGGAAAUUGAUUGACGGCUGCCCUAACUCCAACCACACUGCCAGCCUCUGUUGGGCCUGGUGUGGGCACGUGCGGGCAGCUGGAUGAGAGAAACGCGCAAGCUGUUUAGUGAACACCAGCCAGACUCCAUCCGUUAAAUCAUCUCUCUCUCUUCCUCUGUUUCUCUCUCGCUCUCCAAACAUAUCGCAAAUGAAGUUAUAUACUCACAUAACACAAAGAGCUUAUUAAAACUUCAAGACAAAUGAGCAGUUUAGCUUUUCUGGCCUUUUGAGAUUUGUCAAAAAAUUCUGUUAUCUCGAAGGUACUUUGACGCCUGCAGCGCAAGCAAAAUAAUUUAACACUCGUUCUCAUGACCGACCACAUUUUGUGUGAUCGUCCUUGUCCGGUUUAUUUGUUUCGAUCAGGUCCGGCAAUGUCCGUGACAGUCGUUCGUAUUUGUGUUCUGCCUCCAUGUCAUCGUCUCUCUGCUGUUGAGGUCGGGUGGGUCCAUUUCAGACUCUGCAUGUUAAUGUUUUACUUUGUAUUUGCAAAUACUGUAUUUUAUUUUCAUUACAACUGCCUCUAGUGUAAUAAUAUUAUUAACAAUAAUUAUAAGAAUAGGCAGCAUUUCCUAAGUUUAGUAAGUUAUGUACAGUAUAAUUUAUUACUUUCCUCCAGUUGGAUUUUUUUAUGACCGUAAGGAAAUCGCGCUUGAUAAAGCAUUAUAUUUAGCUGGGUAGUUAUUUAGAUUGAAUUAUUAUGUUCAAUAUUCCUUUGUUUUGUUUUUCUUUAUUAUUUGUUUUUGUUUCGUUGAAUUAAUCCUGUUCUGGACGCUGGUAUAUCUCUGAGAAAUGGUCACGGUGAACUGCUGACAUGAAGGAAAAAGAGACAGUUUUCUCUUUUUUUAUCAUUUUCUUUUCUCCUCCGUGCAUCGUUCAUGAACUCCAAACACACGUUUUUUAAAGCACUAGGACUCUGGAUACUCGGAGACGAAAAUAAGAAGAACAUGAUAUUUUUAUUUGUAAUGGUUUAUGUAUAAUGUGAAGUUUCCUAUCUGUUGAAUUCUCUUUUUGUUUGACUGAAGAUAAAGAAAACAGCUAUAUUAUACCCCCAGUUGUUAUUGAACAGGAGGAGCGUGGAUCUCGUUUACUAAGAUUUAUCAUCUUCUUACGAUUCAUUGGAACAUCAUUGGUUUGGACAAAAAUUAUUGAGUACGUACUGACUGCUAGUAGGCCUACUAGUCAGUUCACCCUUAAAGGGAUAGUUCACCCAAAAAUGAAAAUUGUGUCAUCUUUUCAUUUUAUUUGUGUAUGAUCGCCAAAGCAAAAGUUUUGCUGCUCCUCUUUUGCCAUUAAAAACUCCUAACUUGUGUUCAACAAAAAAAGAUGCACAAGCCAUAAAAGACAAAUUAUGCCAAUUUCUGUGUGAACUGCACCUUUAAGUUAAGCACGAUCUCUUUGAAUUUGUAAUCCGUUUGUUUGAUUCCAUUGAAGCUCCUCUGAAUGACCAUAUUAGAUGUUCUUAUCUGAUUCCUGAAUUGUUUUAGCUCCACACUUUGUCUCCCUCUGUCAAUCAAACUUUUCAUAGCGAGGUCACAAUAACUUCCUGUAAGAUAAUUAGACUCUCAAUCGCAAAAUAACAGCCAUCUGAUGACCAUGUAGUAGCUCCCACAAUCAUAUCAAUCAUAUAAAGAAAAGUGCUGGAGGAAGUCUGGUUUAACAUACAGGGUCACGUUAUGUCAAUUAUCCGUCACCAUGGUCUUUAUGAACACGGCGAUGCAUUUGAAUAGGACAAUGAUGACCUGUAUACCCGAACAAUAAUUGAUAAAGACAAUCAAAGUCCCGUGUGGAGCUCAAAACAACGAUGACAAACGAAAAGUACUUAUCCUACCAUCUCAACUUGAAAAUGGAGAAAGAUAAUUAUGUAAAUAUAGCAUAGAGUUAUAGAUUUAUAUUUUGUUCAUAACACAGUGUAAUAUAAGUUGUAUAUUUCUUUCUCUCUUUUAUUGAUGUUAUUCAUGCCACAAUAAAAGCAGGAGUUACUGUACUCUUAUGGGGAAAAAAAAGAAAAAAAGCAAGCCGUGGGUUACCACCAUCUGUUCUAAGUUGACGUUUUUCAGUAUUACUGCCAGUCAAGGCUCAAAUAAAAACAGCAAUGUGUUCUGUAUCUCUAC